GAGAGCUAGCCUACCUCUGCGGACGCCGCCACCGCCGCCUUUCUCCUCUUGUCGGCGGGCGGGGGCCGCGCCCGGCGGCGGCUCUGCCCUAGGUGGGUGGCGCUGCCCAGGCUGCAGCUGAGCGCCCUGCGCGGCGCAGCCGGGUCUCCAGCGUGUACCGCGAGGUGACAGGUGCAGAGUCCGGGCUGAGGACCCACCUGCAGCCGCAGUCGCCGCCGCCGCCGCGAUGCCCACCAUGCGGAGGACCGUGUCGGAGAUCCGCUCCCGCGCCGAGGGUUAUGAGAAGACAGAUGAUGUUUCAGAGAAGACCUCACUGGCUGACCAGGAGGAAGUGAGGACUAUUUUCAUCAACCAGCCCCAGCUGACAAAAUUCUGCAAUAACCAUGUCAGCACUGCAAAAUACAACAUAAUCACAUUCCUUCCAAGAUUUCUCUACUCUCAGUUCAGAAGAGCUGCUAAUUCGUUUUUUCUCUUUAUUGCACUGCUUCAGCAAAUACCUGAUGUGUCACCAACAGGUCGUUACACAACACUGGUUCCUCUCUUAUUUAUUUUAGCUGUGGCAGCUAUCAAAGAGAUAAUAGAAGAUAUUAAACGACAUAAAGCCGAUAAUGCAGUGAACAAGAAACAAACGCAAGUUUUGAGAAAUGGUGCUUGGGAAAUUGUCCACUGGGAAAAGGUGGCAGUAGGGGAGAUAGUGAAAGUGACCAAUGGGGAACAUCUCCCAGCAGAUCUCAUCAGUCUGUCCUCAAGUGAGCCCCAGGCCAUGUGCUACAUUGAAACAUCCAACUUAGAUGGUGAAACAAACUUGAAAAUUAGGCAGGGCUUACCAGCAACUUCAGAUAUCAAAGACAUUGACAGUUUGAUGAGGAUUUCUGGCAGAAUAGAGUGUGAAAGUCCAAACAGACAUCUCUACGAUUUUGUUGGAAACAUAAGGCUUGAUGGACAUGGCACUGUUCCACUGGGAGCAGAUCAGAUUCUUCUUCGAGGAGCUCAGUUGAGAAAUACACAGUGGGUUCAUGGAAUAGUUGUCUACACUGGACAUGACACCAAGCUGAUGCAGAAUUCAACAAGUCCACCACUUAAGCUCUCAAAUGUGGAACGGAUUACAAAUGUACAAAUUUUGAUUUUAUUUUGUAUCUUAAUUGCCAUGUCUCUUGUCUGUUCUGUGGGCUCAGCCAUUUGGAAUCGAAGGCAUUCUGGAAAAGACUGGUAUCUCAAUCUAAACUAUGGUGGCGCUAAUAAUUUUGGACUGAAUUUCUUGACCUUCAUCAUCCUUUUCAACAAUCUCAUUCCUAUCAGCUUGUUGGUUACACUAGAAGUUGUGAAAUUUACCCAGGCAUACUUCAUAAAUUGGGAUCUUGACAUGCACUAUGAACCCACAGACACUGCUGCCAUGGCUCGAACAUCUAAUCUGAAUGAGGAACUUGGCCAGGUUAAAUACAUAUUUUCUGACAAAACUGGUACUCUAACAUGCAAUGUAAUGCAAUUUAAGAAGUGCACCAUAGCGGGAGUUGCUUAUGGGCAGAACUCACAGUUUGGAGACGAAAAAACAUUUAGUGAUUCAUCAUUGCUGGAAAAUCUCCAAAAUAAUCAUCCGACUGCACCUAUAAUAUGUGAAUUUCUUACAAUGAUGGCAGUCUGUCACACAGCAGUGCCAGAGCGAGAAGGUGAUAAGAUUAUUUAUCAAGCAGCAUCUCCAGAUGAGGGAGCAUUGGUCAGAGCAGCCAAGCAAUUGAAUUUUGUUUUCACUGGAAGAACACCCGACUCGGUGAUUAUAGAUUCACUGGGGCAGGAAGAAAGAUAUGAAUUGCUCAAUGUCUUGGAGUUUACCAGUGCUAGAAAAAGAAUGUCAGUGAUUGUUCGCACUCCAUCUGGGAAGUUACGACUCUACUGCAAAGGAGCUGACACUGUAAUUUAUGAUCGACUGGCAGAGACAUCAAAAUACAAAGAAAUUACCCUAAAACAUUUAGAGCAGUUUGCUACAGAAGGGUUAAGAACUUUAUGUUUUGCUGUGGCUGAGAUUUCAGAGAGUGACUUUCAGGAGUGGCGAGCAGUCUAUCAGCGAGCAUCUACAUCCGUGCAGAACAGGCUGCUCAAACUCGAAGAGAGCUACGAGUUGAUUGAAAAGAAUCUUCAACUACUUGGAGCAACAGCCAUUGAGGAUAAAUUACAAGAUCAAGUGCCUGAAACCAUAGAAACGCUAAUGAAAGCAGACAUCAAAAUCUGGAUCCUUACAGGGGACAAGCAAGAAACUGCCAUUAACAUUGGACACUCCUGCAAACUGUUGAAGAAGAACAUGGGAAUGAUUGUUAUAAAUGAAGGCUCUCUUGAUGGAACAAGGGAAACUCUCAGCCGUCACUGUACUACCCUCGGUGAUGCUCUCCGGAAAGAGAAUGAUUUUGCUCUUAUAAUUGAUGGGAAAACCCUCAAAUAUGCCUUAACCUUUGGAGUACGACAGUAUUUCCUGGACUUAGCUUUGUCAUGCAAAGCUGUCAUUUGCUGUCGGGUUUCUCCUCUUCAAAAAUCUGAAGUUGUUGAGAUGGUGAAGAAACAAGUCAAAGUCAUAACGCUUGCAAUCGGUGAUGGAGCAAAUGACGUCAGCAUGAUACAGACAGCACACGUUGGUGUUGGUAUCAGUGGCAAUGAAGGCCUGCAGGCAGCUAAUUCCUCUGAUUACUCCAUAGCUCAGUUCAAAUAUUUGAAGAAUUUACUGAUGAUUCAUGGUGCCUGGAACUAUAACAGAGUCUCCAAGUGCAUCUUAUACUGCUUCUACAAGAAUAUAGUGCUCUAUAUUAUCGAGAUCUGGUUUGCCUUUGUUAAUGGCUUUUCUGGACAGAUCCUCUUUGAAAGAUGGUGUAUAGGUCUUUAUAACGUGAUGUUUACAGCAAUGCCUCCUUUAACUCUUGGAAUAUUUGAGAGAUCGUGCAGAAAAGAAAAUAUGUUGAAGUACCCUGAAUUAUACAAAACAUCUCAGAAUGCCCUGGACUUCAACACCAAGGUUUUCUGGGUUCAUUGUUUAAAUGGCCUCUUCCACUCAGUUAUUCUGUUUUGGUUUCCACUAAAAGCUCUUCAGUAUGGUACUGCAUUUGGAAAUGGGAAAACCUCGGAUUAUCUGCUGCUGGGAAACUUUGUGUACACUUUUGUGGUGAUAACUGUGUGUUUGAAAGCUGGAUUGGAGACAUCAUAUUGGACAUGGUUCAGCCACAUAGCGAUAUGGGGGAGCAUCGCACUCUGGGUGGUGUUUUUUGGAAUCUACUCAUCUCUGUGGCCUGCCAUUCCAAUGGCCCCUGAUAUGUCAGGAGAGGCAGCCAUGUUGUUCAGUUCUGGAGUCUUUUGGAUGGGCUUGUUAUUCAUCCCUGUGGCAUCUCUGCUCCUUGAUGUGGUGUACAAGGUUAUCAAGAGGACUGCUUUUAAAACAUUAGUCGAUGAAGUUCAGGAGCUGGAGGCAAAAUCUCAAGACCCAGGAGCAGUUGUACUUGGAAAAAGCCUGACCGAGAGGGCGCAACUGCUCAAGAACGUCUUUAAGAAGAACCACGUGAACUUGUACCGCUCUGAAUCCUUGCAACAAAACCUGCUCCAUGGGUAUGCGUUCUCUCAAGAUGAAAAUGGAAUCGUUUCACAGUCUGAAGUGAUUAGAGCAUAUGAUACCACAAAACAGAGGCCCGAUGAAUGGUGAUGGGGAGAGCCUGAAAGGCAGGCUCUGUUCUCUCUCUAAGGAGACCUACCAGGUUGUCACCGCAGUCUGCUAACCAAUUCCAGUCUGGUCCAUGGAGAGGAAAGGUGGAUCUGAGCUCAUCUCGCUGAUGGACAUUCAGAUUCAUGUAUAUUAUAGACAUAAGCACUGUGCAACUGUACUGUAACACCAUCUCUUUUGGAUUUUUUAAAGUAUUUGCUAAGUCUUUGUAAAUGGAAAUUGAAAAUGACCUGGUAUCUUGCCAGAGUGCUUUUCUUAAACGGAGAAUAAGUCAAUAUUCUUAUGCCAUGACUCUGGGGCUGUAACGGACUAUCAAUUUAUUGGCUGUACCACAAGGUAACCAACCAUUAAAAACUCUAAAUGGUAUUUAGCUAAAGGGACUCUUGAUAUCCAGACUUAGAUUUCAGGAUAUGCUGAAACAAACCAGCAUUCUUAAGAAACUGACUCACCUUCCUGAGCAAAAUUUCUAAACAAGGCAUUAACAAGCUUUUGUGUCAAAAAUUGUCUUGAUAAAUGUUUGCCAAAGAGGUUCAGUAACUGUUUUCCUAGUUCAGUAGUCAUAUGUCCAGAAAUGUAAGAGAAAGUUUACUUCCAGUUCUGCUGUAAGAUCUGCAUGUCUGACUUUUCAAAUGUAAAAGUGAUUUACAAAAAUGAGUAUUUCAAGGCGUUUGCUACUAAAAUCUGUGAUGUUGCACCUUUGGCCUUA